UUUACACUAUGUAAAAGACGACUGUUGUAUUUAUUUGUAAACGGAAUGCUUUUUCAAUGGUGGUUAUUAAAUACUUUUAUAUUUUUACACGAUGUCACGUUUAAUUGUCAAGAACUUGCCGAAGAACAUCACAGAUGAAAAGCUAAAAAAACUUUUUGGUGAGUACGAUGAGAAAAGUAGAGGUUACAAAUAUGUUAUCACAGAUGUACAGCGCAAAUUCACAGAAGAUGGUAAAUUUAGAAGAUUCGCCUUUAUUGGUUAUAAAUCUGAAGAAGAUGCUGCAGCUGCUUUGGAAUAUUUUAACAAUACUUGCAUUGAUACAUCUAGAAUAACUGUACAAUAUUGUGCUAGUCUUGGUGACCCUUCAAAACCUAAAGCUUGGAGUAAAUAUGCACUGGAUAAUAAAACUCAGACAGCUAAAGAUGUCAGUGAUGAAACUGAAGAAAUAAGCAAGAAAAAAAGAGACAAAACCAAAGAAAAUGAUGGUAAGAAAAAUAAAAAAAAGAACAAAAAAGAUGAAGAUAACAAUAAAAUUAAGGAGAUAUUAGAAAUGCAUAAGGAUGAUCCACUGUUCAAUGAGUUUAUUGAAAGUCACACAAAAGGUGACAAAAAACUUUGGAGUAACGAUACACUACUUGGUGUCAAUGAAGAGGAAGAAGAUUUUGAUUCAGAUGAAAAUAGUGAAACUCAAGACAGUGAAUCGGAAACAGAUGAUAAAUCAAAGAAUAAAUUAGCCAAAAAAAACAUUAGUGAUAAAGAGUAUAUGGAAUCUCUACAAAAAAAGAAAAUAGAUAGAACUUCAAACAAGCAAAUUUCAGAAUUAAAAGAAAGUCGCGGGCCAAACAAAUUUUUUACUGUAAAAGUUCGAGGAUUAGCUUACAAUCACAAAAAGAAAGACAUAAAGCUAUUCUUUAAAGGUUUGCAACCCAAAUCUAUAAGGGUGCCACCAAAAAUCAAAGGUAUCGCUUAUGUUGGCUUCAAAACUGAAAAGCAAAUGAAAAAGGCUCUCAAUAAAAAUAAGAGUAUUCUAGAGGGAAGAUCUCUGAUUGUAACAAAAUACAAAGAGAAAGAAAAAAAUAUUACAAAAAAUGAAAACAAGUACGUAAAUUUAAGGUGGAAACAGCAAGAAGAGUCUUUGAAAAAUGAAGAAAAUGUAGCAGAAUCAGGAAAAAUAUUUCUUAGAAAUUUGGCUUAUACUACUACAGAAGAAGACAUUGCCAAAUUGUUUGAAAAAUAUGGGCCUCUUACAGAAGUAGAUAUGCCAAUUGAUAAAGCCACAAGAAAACCAAAAGGUUUUGCAACUGUGACCUUCUUAAUGCCUGAGCAUGCUGUAACAGCUUUCACAGAGCUUGAUGGAACAAUUUUAAAUGGCAGAUUGCUUCAUCUUCUACCAGCAAAAACUAAAGCAGCUCCUACCGAUUUGCUCGAUCAAGAUGGUUUGAAUUACAAGCAGAAGAAAGAACUGCAAUUAAAAGCUACUGCCAAGUCUACUCACAAUUGGAAUACUCUUUUCUUGGGAGCAAAUGCUGUUGCCGAUGCCAUUGCAAAGCAGUACAAUACGACAAAAGAAAAAAUACUUCAACAUAGCAACAAUGGUCCCAGCAUAGCUGUAAAUUUAGCUUUAGGAGAAACUCUCAUAGUGCAAGAAACUCAAAAAUUUAUGGAAGAACAAGGUGUUCGAUUGAAUGCCUUCAAUCAAACUCCAAGCAAAAGAUCCAAAACUAUAAUUUUAGUUAAAAAUUUACCGUCUGGGACGAAGAACAAUGAACUCGUGAAUUUGUUUGAAAAACAUGGAGAAUUAGCUCGAGUAGUUUUACCUCCUUCUGGGAUCACAGCCCUCGUCGAAUUUUUUGAACCAUCGGAGGCAAGGCACGCUUUCAAUCGUCUUGCUUACUCUAAAUUUAAACAUUUACCUUUGUAUUUGGAGUGGGCGCCAGAUGAUAGUUUUGUAUCGGCACCUACAAAGAGUGAUGACAAAAAUCCACAACAAAAUACAUCUGCUAAAACAUCUCAAAACUCGACGAAGAUGGACAGCACUACUAAACUCGGGCAUGACAAUACUAAACCAGAAAAUACUAACGAUGAAGAUGACGAAGACGAAGACGAACCAGAACCAGAUACAACUCUAUUCGUAAAAAAUUUGAAUUUUAGUACCACGGAAGCGCAAUUGAAAAAGCACUUUGCAAAAUGCGGAGCAGUACAUUAUGCAACUAUCAGCAUGAAAAAAGAUCCGAAAGAUCCUGCUAAUAAAUUAUCUAUGGGUUAUGGAUUCGUUAGGUACAAAUUUAAAUCUGACAUGGAGCGAGCUUUGAAACAAUUGCAAACGUCCACCUUAGAUGGAAAAACACUAGACUUGAAACGUUCUGAACGAACUCUGCAGACCGAGGUUAAGUCUCAAAAGAAAACAGCUAAAAUUACUAAUCAAACUGGCACUAAAAUUCUUGUUAGAAACGUCCCAUUCCAAGCAAAUGCCGAUGAAAUCAAAGACUUAUUCAAAGCUUUCGGAGAAAUCAAAGGAGUAAGAUUACCAAAAAAAUUGGUUGGUGAUGAAAAGCACCGAGGUUUUGGUUUUGUCGAAUUUUAUACGAAAAAGGAGGCAAAUAGAGCAUUCAAAGCGCUUUGUCAAAGUACUCAUUUAUACGGCCGCAGAUUAGUAUUGGAGUGGGCGCAAACUGAAGAGGGCAUCGAGGAUAUUAGAAAACGAACUGCAAAACACUUCCACGAAGAAAGCGCAGUUAAAAGAAGUAAAAAGGGUACACUGGAUCCGGAAUCGAUAGGUUUGGAAGUCAACUAAUUGAUAUUUAUCUAAUGUUCGCAGAAGUGAUAAAGAAGAGGUAUACAAUGAUACUAGUUUUAUCGAUUAAAUAGUCCAUGACAAGUCGAGGACGUCUGCGACUUAAAAAAAUACGCAAAUCGUUACUACUUAAGACUGCAAAUCAAGAAACCAACUUGCAACUGUCAGUUUUUU